AUGUCUUUUAAAGAUUCAAAACUAGAGGAUGGUUAUUCACUAAAUUCAUUUCAAUUACAAUCAUCAAAACAAAUUAGUGGAGAUUCAACAACCACUGGUUAUACAGAUUAUACAGAUGAAAAGUCCACCACAAAGGACAAUGUAUUUAUUUCAUUUUUCAAAUCUUUUCAAAUUGUAAAUAAAGGUCAAGUUGGUAAGGGAGUCGAAGUAUUAACACCAGAAGAUAAUUUAAAAGUAUAUCAAGUUAAAUUAAUAGCGUUGGCAUCAUGUAUUGGUUCAGGUUUAUUUAUAUCAAGUGGAUCAGUCAUUGCAACUGCAGGUGCAGCAGGUAGUUUCUUAAGUUAUUUCAUAAUUGGAGUUUUGAUUUUCUUCAUUAUACAACAUUUAGGUGAAAUGACUUCACAAUUUCCAGUCAGAGGAAAUUUUUUAAUUUACAAUUCAAGAUUUAUUGAUGAAUCUUGGGCUUUUGCAAUGAAUUGGAAUUAUUGUUUACAAUGGAUUGUAACUAUACCAUUAUCUUUGGUAUCUGCAUCUUUAACUAUACAAUUUUGGAAUGAUCAGAUUAAUGCAGCUGCUUGGGUUGCGAUUUUUUGGAUUUUCAUAGUACUUAUCAAUGUGUUUGGAGUUAAAGGGUAUGGAUAUGGUGAAAGUGUCUUUAGUAUUAUUAAAGUUGUUGCAAUAUUGGGAUUUAUAAUAUUUGCAAUUAUCAUUAUUGCAGGUGGAGGUGAACAAGGAUAUAUUGGUGGUAGAAACUGGCAUCAGCCAUUUGCCAAAAAUGGAUUUAAAGGAUUUGUAACCACUUUGGUUAAUUCUGCUUUUGCAUUUGCAGGAACAGAAAUGGCAGCCAUAGCAGCAGCUGAAACUUCAAAUCCAAGAAAAUCUUUGAUCAAAGCAACAAAGCAAAUCUUUUGGAGAAUUUUAAUCUUUUAUAUGUUGGCUAUUGUUUUACUUUGUUUUUUAGUUCCAUAUAAUAAUCCUCAAUUGUUAGGAAACUCAAAUUCAUCAGCAAGUCCAUUUGUUAUUGCAAUCAAAAAUGGAGGUGUCAAAGUUUUACCAUCAAUUUUUAAUGCCGUUAUUUUAAUUGCAGUCUUAUCGGUUGCAAAUGCUAGUGUUUUUGCAACUUACAAGCCAUUAGUAGCAUUAGCUGAAGCUGGUCACGGUCCAAAAUUUUUAGCAUACAUUGAUAAAAAAGGUAGACCAAUUUUCUCAAUUAUAUUUGCUUUAUUGUUUGGUUUAAUUGGGUUUGUGUGUGCUUCUAAAAAUCAAGAAACUGUAUUUGCUUGGUUAUUAGCUAUAAGUGGAUUAUCAUGUGUAUUUAUUUGGUUUUCAAUUUCAUUAGCUCAGGUUAGAGUAAAUUAUGCUGCAAAAGUUCAAGGUGUUGAAAUUUACAAACCUUACAAAGCUAUUGGUGGUGAUUACGGUGCUUAUUUUUCAAUGCUUUUGAAUGUGUUGAUUCUUGUUGGACAAUUUUACGUUGCUUUAUGGCCAGUUUCUGGUGAAAAUUUUCAAGUUGUAACAUUUUUUGAAGCUUAUUUAGCGGCACCGAUUGUUUUAGUUUCAUAUAUUGGUCAUAAGGUAUGGACAAGAAAUUGGAGAUUAUAUAUUAAAGCUGAAGAUAUUGAUUUAGUUACAGGUAGAAAUUUGGUUGAUGUUGACGUUAUAAAACAAGAAAUGUAUGAAGAAAAGGAGGCAUGGCUGCAAAAAUCUUUCUGGUACAAAGCUUCUCAUAUUUGGUGUUAG